UCAUGUGGCGGGCUGUUUCUUCACGCGAUGUGACGUCAUCUCUGGGGGUUAUCUCUGCUAGAUGCCACUUCUGACGUGCGACACCGUGCGAGGAGACGCAUGUGUCCUCAGUUUACCUUAGAUUCGUGUAUUCCAGGCAGGUCUAUCUACCUGGUGUUUUAUUGGAGAGCACGAAGUGUCCCCCUGGAAAAUUAUGCAAAAAUGCCAGUAUUUCGUUUACAUUAAUACAGUAAGUUAAACAAGGGUGCUGUAACUUUCGCUUUUUAAUCCAUAUAAGCUACAGAAAACUGCAUAAUUUCAUCAACAUUUUAAAAAAACCCUAGUCUUUUUAGAUUUGCAUUUUGACGCCGACGACAUCACCGUGGGCCCUUUGUCUCGUGCCAUUUGAAUUAGCAUUAAGGGAAGCAUCUGAGUGUAAGAGCCCGCCCCAGAAUCCACUGCUGCAUCCAACUCGCUUUCACACUUGGCUUCAUUCACACACACUUUUCCCACCGGGAUGGAGCCGCUUCAGCUCGCGCGCCGCGGAGACAACCGGCAGCACACGCGCUGCCUCUCGGCACACAUGGCCGUCAACGUGUGGCGACUAUUUCCCUUCUUCGUGUGGAUAUUACCAGCAGUUUCGAGUUCGAGGACGAGGAUUUAUCCGCCCAACGAAGUGACCCUGCUGGAUACCAGGACAGUGCCAGGAGAGCUGAAAUGGGCCGCCAGUCCUUCCGAGGGAGGGUGGGAAGAGGUGAGUAUAAUGGAUGAGAAGAACAUCCCCAUCAGAACCUACCAGGUGUGCAAUGUCUUGGAGCCCAAUCAAAACAACUGGUUGAGGACUGACUGGAUCCCUCGGUCCGGCGCUCAGAGGGUCUACGUUGAAGUCAAGUUCACCCUGAGGGACUGUAAUAGCCUGCCAGGGGUCACCGGCACCUGCAAGGAGACAUUCAAUCUCUACUACCAUGAGUCUAAUGAAGACAGAGAGAACUACAUCAAAGAGAGCAGCUUCAUUAAAGUGGACACUGUGGCAGCAGAUGAGAGCUUUACUCAGGUGGACGUUGGUGACCGCAUCAUGAAGCUGAAUACCGAGGUGCGAGAUGUGAAGGUGGCGACUCGGAAGGGUUUCUACCUGGCCUUCCAAGAUGUUGGCGCCUGCAUCGCUUUGGUUUCCGUCAGAGUUUUCUACAAAACGUGUCCGCUCACCAUUCGUAACCUGGCAACGUUUCCGGACACUGUCACCGGGGCCGAUACGUCUUCCUUAGUGGAGGUCAGGGGGUCGUGUGUCAACCAAUCGGAAGAGAGAGAGGAGCCUAAAAUGUACUGCGGUGCCGACGGAGAGUGGUUGGUUCCUAUUGGUGGAUGUCUCUGCAACCCGGGACAUCAAGAGAAGGGUGGCACAUGUAAAGCCUGUUCUGUUGGUUUCUACAAGGCCAAGUCUUCAGAUGCGGGAUGCUCCAAGUGUCCUCCACACAGCCACUCACUCAGGGACGGGGCGACCGUCUGUGACUGCCACCCCGCCUUCUUCCGCGCUGACAGUGACCCUCCCUCCAUGGCCUGCACCCAGCCACCAUCAGCCCCACAGCAGCUCAUCUCCGUGGUGAACGAGACCUCGGUGGUCCUGGAGUGGGCCCCCCCUCGCCGGCUGGGAGGACGAAGCGACACCAGCUACAGUCUUGAGUGUCUCAUUUGUCCAACAGCGGGCCGCAAAGCUCUCCCCAGGAAUCACAGCAUGGCCCAGCCUGAGGCCCAGCACGGUGGCCAGGGGAUGCAGUCGGACCAGGGCAUCGUGGGUUCUGAGGUCCAGUCGGGCAGAAGCGUCUACCAGAGCGGACCCGCAGCCGGAGACUACCUGAGACCCGGCUCCGGCUCCCAGCUCUGCCAGCCCUGUGGCUCCGACGUGCUCUUCUCUCCCGAGCAAAGCGGCCUGAGGACCACCAGGGUGGUGGUCAGCGAGCUCCGGGCCCACACGCACUACACGUUCAUCGUCCACGCGCGCAACGGGGUCUCCCGGGCCGGCGGCGCAGGGGCAGCGCAGAGCGUGUCUGUCACUGUCACCACCAACCAAGCCGCUCCGUCCGCGGUGUCGUCCAUCUUAGCCAUUGAUGUCACCAGGCACAGUCUGGCGUUGUCGUGGCAACAGCCGGAUCGACCCAACGGGGUUAUCCUGGAAUACGAGGUCAAGUUCUAUGAAAAGGAUCAGAAAGAGAGGUCCUACCGCAUAAUGAGGACCUUCUCUCGGAGCGUCGAUGUCACAGGUCUUAACCCCCUCACCGUGUACGUGUUUCAUGUGCGUGCUCGCACAGCUGCCGGAUACGGAGAGUUCAGCCCCCCGUUUGAAUCGGCCACCAGUUCAGAUCCCUUUCCCCUGAUUGGAGAAGGAGUUAACACAGCCUUCCUGCUGCUGUCUGUCAGCGGGGUUGGAAUUUUACUGCUGAUAUCUGCAGCUGUGUUCAUCAUUAGCCGCAGGAGGAGCAAGUACAGUAAAACAAAGCAGGACUCCGAAGAGGAGAAACAUCUUAACCCAGGAGUAAAGAUCUAUGUGGACCCGUUCACCUACGAAGACCCCGAUCAGGCCAUCCACGAGUUUGCCAAGGAGAUUGAUGUUAACAGCAUUCACAUCGAGAGAGUUAUUGGCAUGGGAGAGUUUGGGGAGGUUUGCAGUGGUCGGCUGCGCGUUCAGGGAAAGCGGGAGAUCUACGUGGCCAUCAAGAGUCUGAAGGCGGGAUACUCUGACAAACAGAGGCGGGACUUCCUGUCUGAGGCCUCCAUCAUGGGACAGUUUGACCACCCAAACAUCAUCAGGCUGGAGGGUGUCGUGACACGAUGCAAACCGUUGAUGAUCAUCACAGAGUACAUGGAAAAUGGAUCCCUGGAUGCUUUUCUUCGGAAACACGACGGCCAGUUCACAGUGAUCCAGCUGGUGGGCAUGCUGCGUGGCAUCGCCUCCGGCAUGAAGUACCUGUCAGACAUGAGCUACGUUCACCGAGACCUGGCGGCUCGGAACAUCCUGGUCAACAGCAACCUGGUGUGUAAGGUGUCCGACUUUGGCCUGAGUCGAGUUCUGGAGGAGGACCCGGAGGCUGCCUACACCACAAGGGAGGCAACUGGGACUUAUCUGUCCCCUGGAGGGAAGAUCCCCAUCAGAUGGACGGCUCCGGAGGCCAUCGCCUACAGGAAGUUCACCACAGCCAGCGACGUGUGGAGUUACGGCAUCGUCAUGUGGGAGGUGGUUUCUUAUGGAGAGAGACCCUACUGGGACAUGAACAACCAGGACGUGAUCAAGGCGAUAGAAGAGGGCUACCGCCUGCCUGCUCCCAUGGACUGUCCCGUGGUGCUGCACCAGCUGAUGUUGGACUGCUGGGAGAGAGAGCGGGCAGAGCGACCCACCUUCAGCCAGAUACUCAACAUGCUGGAUAAGCUCAUCCGUAACCCGGGAACUCUGCGCCGGACGGGGGGGGACAGACACGCAGCCACUAUGAUGGAGUCUGGUGUGGGUUCGGAGGUGUGUGUGUCGGUCCUGCCAGAGGUGUGUGUGUCGGCGUGGUCAGUCUGUGAGUGGCUUCGGCCCCUCGGGUUGGAGAGGUACAGAGACACUCUGGCAGCAGCGGGGUACACCAGCAUCGACACUCUCCUGGCUCUCACACACCAGGAGAUGGACCGACUUGGAAUAAUCACACCAUCGCACCAGGACUUACUAAUUGCUAGUGUGCAGCAAGAAAUGUUGUCUCAAAUGCGGCAUAUGCAACACACAAUGGUUCCAGUCUGAGCUGGAGAAGGAUCCGGGCCUUUGUUGAGAAGAAUUUCAUUUACCUCAUCCAUGCACUUUAGAGAAAACAUUUAACCAGUGGAAAUCCAAGGAGUGACUCGUUCUCAUACAGGAGAAUGAGAAAAGCAGCACUUUUGUGAACUUCCAUUCUGUGGAGUUUUCUGAAAACCGUGAUCUGGACGUGGAAACACAGAUGGCAUUAAGCUGUUGAGAGCUUAGAGCCUCUUCCUCUUAUCCAGUUCUAUUUCUCAUUAUAUUGUUAUCUGUUUUGUGAAGGCUGAAAUGUUAAGGCUGUGCAUAAGCAGAAUGGCUUCCAACCUUUCUUUUGCUGCUUGGGCUUGACUUGAAUAAAAUGUAUUCUGUGUUUACUUUACACUGUGUGUGUAUGUGUGUGUGCACGCGUGCGGGCUUGUGUGUGUGUGUGUGUGUGCGUGCUUGCUUGUGUGUGUGUGUGUGUGUGUGUGUGUGCGGGCUUGCAUGUGUGUGUGUGUGUGUGUGUGUGUGUGUGUGUGUGUGUGUGUGUAGCGUGAAUGCAAGUAAAAUGGAAUCUCUGUUGUCAAGACGUCAGCUUUGAAUAUUCAGAAUAUGCAAAGUUACCCAAUAGAGAGAGGAGCCGGACAGAAUGUAUCCCUACGAGCUCUUACUGGUUUUCAUACCAGUAAAUCAUACUAACAAAUGGUAUGAUUUGCUUGCGUUUUUAAAUUGUAAAAAAUGUUACUUGUCUGAGAUUCGGUUGAAUUCAACGUUUAGAAUAGAAUGACAUCCCUCGUUGUAAAUGGUACGUGUCUUUUGUUUAACGCUAAGAAUUACCCACAUGAAGUAUUUUGUUUAUUUAUGCCCUUUUCUAUAGUUUGUACAUUGUAAAAUAGAAAACGUGAGGAAAUAUUGUAAUGACUGUGAAAUUGCGUUGCAAUAAAUCCCCAAACCCGUUGAUGUA